AUGGCGUCCCCAAAUCCUAACCCUAAGAGAAUCCCAAUUCUUGAUAGCUUCCCCAACGCCCCUGUAAGGCAUAGAAGGGGUAGAGGUGGCAGACUUCGUAGCCUAGGAUCCGUUCGUGGUGGUUCAUCUGGUUCCAUCACUCCUUCUUCUAGUUUUGGCACUAUUUCUAGAGGUUCUAUCACUAAGAAAUCCUCUUCUAAAGUUGUUAAUUUAGAGAAAGCUGACACUUUUCCUUCUCUAAUCACUGAACCUUUGAUUUCUAUUGUUCGAAAAGAUUGCAACUGGAGAAGUGAUCUUCGUAUAGUGAUCCCUAAUCCAAACCAAAGAAUAUCUUCUUUUAGGAUUGGAUUUUCUUUUGUUUAUACUUAUCCCUUCACUUUGGGAUUUAUUCCUGCUAUUGACCCAGUUAUACUUGAUUUCUGUCGCUUUUUCAAAAUUUGUUUGGGACAAAUUGGCCCCCUUGUAUGGAGAGCAGUGGCUUGUUUGAGAUAUUUGUCUGUAAAAGCCAAUGUUAGCUUUACCUUUCCCCACCUUAUUCAUCUUUACCACCCCAAAUUAUUCCGCCAUGGGGUUUUUACUUUAACUGCAAGAAGUAAAAGGGUCUUGGUAAGCCCUGAAGAUGACAAGGAUCGUGGGUGGUACACUCGUUAUGUUGCUGUACGCACAGUUGAUUUGGUGGGUGAAACAAAUAUCCCCUUCCCUGAGAAGUGGAACUUUGCACCAACUAUGGGAGAUGUGGAACCCGUUCCUAAUUUCCGUGGUUGGGUAGAUUCAAUCUUGAAAGCCGUGCCUAUGGAGGCAAGAACUUGGAAAUCCAUUUCCAAUUUACAUGGUUGGAAAGUGAAAACUCACGGAUUUGCUAUUCGAGGAAUGACAACUGAAGUAGCUAUUGCCCUUCGAGCCUCUUCUGGUACUUCACUCUCUUUGGAGAGAACUCAAGCUACGCUAUCAAAGAGGAAAGUUGUAGAAGAGGAUUCUGAGAAUGAUGAAGAUGAAGACACCUCUUUAAUAGCUAGACCAAGAGUUAGGAGACGCAUCAUUUUCGAGGAUGAAGCUGAAGUUACCCCUGUCCGUGCCUCUCUUACCGAACCUGUUCAAAUUCCUUCUGAUGCUGAAACCACUCCGAUGGACACCAAUGAGUCUAUUCAACGUCUCUUUGUUGGUGGUUUUGAAAGUGGAGAACUAGGUCCAGUUUUNCAAAAGCCAAUAAGUAAAAGGGUCUUGGUGAGCCGUGAAGAUGACAAGGAUCGUAGGUGGUACACUCGUUAUGUUGCUGUACGCACAGUUGAUUUGGUGGGUGAAAUAAAUAUCCUCUUCCCUGAGAAGUGGAACUUUGCACCAACUAUGGGAGAUGUGGAACCCGUUCCUAAUUUCCGUG